AUGGUGCAAAUUGAAGAUCCUGAUGUACGUCUUCUUCGUGAAAUGGGUUACACGCAGGAACUCUAUCGUGGCUUUUCUUCAUUUAUGUCAUUUGCUUUCUGUUUCACUGCUGUCAAUGUCCUCACAUCAAUUUCAAUCGGUUUUACAUAUUCACUCAACACUGGUGGAUCAGGUGUGACAAUAUGGGCAUGGAUUAUUGGAGCUAUAUUUACUAUCCUCAUCGGACUUUCUUUAGCUGAAAUAUGUUCUGUAUACCCUAGCGCUGGAUCUGUAUAUCAUUGGGCAGGUCAGUUGGUCUCCGCUAAGCAUGCACCAUUGGCUUCGUUUAUUUGUGGUUGGUUCAAUUUCAUAGGGAACUUUGCAGGAGAUGUUGCGUUUGCAUCUGGCUUUGCUACGAUUAUUAAUGCAGCUAUUAUUCUCGAAGGCAAAGAUUCAUUAAGCACGGGUGCCCAAGUGGGCAUUGCUAUAGGCAUCACUUUUGUAUGGGCUGUUCAAAACGCGUUGCGUAUUGAUCAACAAGGCUGGCUCAAUAAUUUUGCUGUUAUAUUUCAGCUUGGAUCGGCAGUUACUAUUGUUACAGUACUUCUUGCUAUGGCUCCUGAACGAGCUACGGCUCAUAACGUUUUUACAUCGACAUACAAUGGUACUGGAUUUCCAUUUCCAUAUGUAUGCUUCAUUGCUGGUGCUCAUUUGGCCGAAGAAACAAGAGAUGCAAGCCGCGCAGGUGAGUAA